UCUGUCCUAGUGCCCAGUAAAGGCAUUUCCUGCCCAUAUUCUCCCAAUAAAUCUGCAGGGGCUAUGAAGCCCCCAACUGCUCCAGUAUGUUUCAACGUUAAGCCCCUAUUGAUGAUAAUAUGGGAUAGUCCCUGCCUAUAUAUCACAGGAACCCCUAAUGUCAGACUAGCAGCAAAAGUGCUCGCUUGCGGCACAAUUCUAGCCCUGUCUACUCAGAAGUAAGUCCUACUGAAUUCCCAGGUACUUCUGCGAUUUGCAUAAGCAUUUUUGAGAAUUUACCUUCUCAAAUGAGCGUGGAAAGAGGAGGGAGGGGGGAAGGAAAGAGGGUGGGAGGAGCCGAAGGUAGCAGGAGGAGGUGCGUUCUUAUCUCUCCCUCCCACCGUGACGUUGGCGACCUUGAUUGGGCACGGAAGCUGGCAGUUCUUCAUCGCCCCGGCGACUGUGGCUGGAUCUCUGCUGGCUGUAAACAGGAGGAAGAAAGAAAAGAGUGACCCUAAUUCUGUUCUGCUGACAGCAACCCUCACCCCCCCCCCCCGAGAACGGCACGUUGGGUGUUGGGGGCCAUGCCAGCCCCCUGACAAUGUUCCACAUUGAGGAUGAUGAUGAAGAGACAUUCCCACCGGGUGAGAAGGAACCGCAGGAUCUCAAGCUGACCAGGAGGAGCGUCGCAGGAGGGGACCAGGCCCCAGGAAGUCCUUCCGCUGGGAAUCCAGAGCUCCGGCGUCGCAUUGGAUCCGACCCUCCCUUGCCAGACCCUGAGGCCCUGGAUGAAGUGGGCACUUUCCGGGCACGCUCACGCUCUGCCCCUCCCAUCCUGUGGGCAGCCCAGCGGUAUGGGAGGGAGCUGCGCAGGAUGAGCGACGAAUUCCAUGGCGAGCUGCAGAAGCUGCCGCGCCCCAAGAGUGCAGGGACAGCUACCCAAAUGCGCCGGACGUUGGGCUGGAAGGAGGUUCUGCAGUCAUGGUGGCGUCGGAAUUCCCCAGGCAAUGGUCCAAGAAGCCCCCCAUGACUGUAUCUUGCUGCUGUCCGUUACAAAUGGUGGGGGGAGGGUUGAAGGAACAAAUAAAGGGGGGGGGUAAAUCUGUAGGGUUGAUGUGGCACAUGGCUGGUGUCCCCCCAAAUCUGGGGGAUGCUGUGAUCAUUCCUCUGCACCUCCACACCCACUCCCCUAGGAGUUUUUUUUACUUAGGCCACUUUAGUAUGACAUGUUAAGAAUUUAACCUUCUGCCCUAUGCACGGGAUCCCAUCCCUUUCUCCCCUGCACCUCCCCUAUAAGACCCCCAAUUUUGAGGGGAUCUUGUCCUGCCCUUUCUAGAGUGUACUUUUUGUAUUUUAAAAGGGGGAAAAAACACUGAACAAAACCACUGUAUGCAUUACUGAAACGAGAACCCCUGACAUUCACCAGCCCUGCCUAGAGAAAUUUGUAUGCCCUUUUAUUAUAUGUUAAUAAAUGUUUAUUAAAUACUUUUCUGGCUUA